UAAAACUUUUCAUCAACAGCCGCCAUCUUAGAAGGUUUGGUCCGAAAAUUCUAAAUUUUAAAUCAGAAAAUAAAGAAUAUCUUGUCAUUUCACCUGGAAUUUUAGGCCUUCGUGGAACAGUGGAAGUUCAAUCAACAGUUUAAAAGGACUAACUGUUAUCUUGGACAGUGAUUAUUCAAAAUGUGAGGAUAAUUCCAAACGUGUCCCCGGCUUUGUGAUUGAAAAGAACUGUGCUAGUAUUUUUGGAAAAUCCGGAGCACGUAAACGAGAGCUAUGUGUCUCAUCUUGACUUCUUUGUUUCUAAAUGGAUAAUGUGAAAAUUGAUUGUUAAAAUAGUGAAUAUGGAUUGAGCAGGCAGUGUUUGUUUUGUCGUAUUUUGGGAUUUUUCCGAUUUUCCAAAAAAGAAAAUGGCCGACAUCGCCGGAGAUGGUCCUCCAAACAAGAGGCCAAAAUUGCAAUCUCCUGCUCUUACUCCAAGUGGCAGUGAGUCAGAAUUUAAUCUCCUGUUAGACAGUAUUGCUGACUUGCCGGAUGAGUUAAUGAGUACAGACAAUGGAACAACACAGAAUGGUACCAGUGAUGGGAAUCAGCAAUCCCAUUCGCAUGACAGUGCAAGUCAGAGACACCAACAACUGUCCCAGUUACUGUCUAAUGUGCCAACACCAGCCAGCAGUAGUGUCAGCAGCAGUCUCCCAAAUACAAAUGUCAGUAUGACCAAUACAGCAUUAAAUAAUGCAGUGAAAAGUCCUCUUUCAAAUAACUUACAAUCACCCCCUCAUGGACUUGUGCAAAACAAGCAAGGACAGCCAUUAUCAUCUUAUUUAUCUGACAAUGCAUUUGUGUCUAGCAGUUCCUCAUUCUCUCUUGCUAACUCGACAUCAUCCACAUUAUCAUCCAUGCCAAUGUCAUCUGUGCCGAACAAUAUGAUCUACUCCAGUUCAAUGUCAUCUCUUAGUGUUAACAGUAUACCACAUCCACAAAAUCAAAUGUUAAAUGGACCUCAGUAUUCCAUGAGUGGUGUUCGCCAGCCUCAAGUUCGCGGCAUGAUGAUGUCAAACGCUGGCAACACUAUGAACCAGGGCCUCGGAAAUUUAGGCAUGUCUCAACAGAACUUGUUGGGGACGCUGAAUAAUCCACAACUAGCAAGACAACCAAUGGACCACGCAGGCAUGGUCCCCAAUUCUCAGCAGCAAAUGAUGAAGCCCAACGGGCCUGUAGGUGGUGGUGGGUACGGGGGAUAUAACCAGGUUCCCCAAGGGGCGGGGGGACCCCUGUCCGCCGCAACGUCUAACUACAAUGCAAACACAAACAACAACCCAUCAACUGUUCUCUCUUCCAUGGCCUCCCCACCACACAGCAUGUCUGCUCAUAUCCCUAACACUCAACAAGUCCCCCAAACACAGCCAGUGCCCCACACUGGAGGGGUCCCUGGUGCUCCUGGAGGGGCUGCAGCUGCAGCCCAGGCUGCAGGAGCUCAGCCUCAGUCCGCAGACCCUGAGAAGAGGAAGCUCAUACAGCAGCAGCUGGUUCUACUGUUGCAUGCACACAAGUGUCAGCGGCGCGAGCAGAACAACGGCGAGGCGUGCACCCUUCCACACUGCCGAACCAUGAAAAAUGUCCUCAACCAUAUGACAACCUGCAAUGCCGGCAAGUCCUGCCAAGUUGCGCACUGUGCAUCAUCCCGUCAGAUCAUCACACACUGGAAGAACUGUUUGCGUAAUGAUUGUCCAGUGUGUUUGCCACUGAAGCAUGCCUCUGACAGACAGAAACAGCCGGGAGCUAAUGCAAACGCCAAUGCUGCUGCAGCAAGUAAGAUAACAGCGGCAACCAACCAGCCAAAUGCUGCAGGAACCACUGCUGGGCCUCCGGCAGGCUUGAGCACAGGAGGCCCUAAUGUUCCUGCCAAUAUGAAUGAGGCCCAACUACAGAAAGCAUAUGCGGCACUGGGCUUGCCAUAUAAUGGCAACAAGGCCACUACGCUGCCGGGUGCUAAUGCACGACCCACUGCCAAUAGUCAAGUGAACAUGGGAAUGGGCGGUGGUCUGCCAACAGCAGGUGGGUUGUUGGGGAACCAGAACAACCCCCUUGGGGUGUUGAACUCAACCCCAUUGACGAGUGGCGAUGGUCUCCAGAUUAGCGCCCAGACAAAUCGGGGAACGAAAGAGUGGCACCAGAGUGUUACACAAGACCUGAGAAACCAUCUUGUCUACAAGCUAGUUCAGGCUAUAUUUCCCACUCCUGAUCCGGCUGCACUCAAGGACAGACGGAUGAACAACCUGGUGGCAUAUGCCAGAAAAGUGGAAGGGGACAUGUAUGAAACAGCAAACAGUAGGGAGGAGUAUUACCAUUUCCUUGCUGAGAAGAUCUACAAGAUACAGAAGGAACUGGAGGAGAAGAGACUCCAGCGCAGGGAGCAGCAGGCCAGAGGGGGGCCACAAGUACCAGGGGGUGACGGCAGUGCUCUACCUGGACCAAACUCCAAUGGUCCAAUGGCAAACGCUCUUAGCACUGUUGGUAUGGGGAACCAGGUGCCUGACCAGUUUGUAAACCAAAAUAUGGUCGGACCAGGAAUGGGACCCCGAAUGCCCGGUAUGCAGCCAGGCCAUCCCAGAACUACACCACCGCUGAUGUCUCACCCCACCAACCCCCAGCAAAUGAAUGCUGGCAUCAACUCACAGCAGUUCGACCCACUGGGUGGUGCACGUAUGCCAGGUCAGAUGAUGAAUCACCCACAACAGCAGCGGCAGCAGCAACCACAACAACCAUUGCUGCCCCACGUGCAGCAGCAGCUGCAACAGCAGGUCUCCAACCCCAACAUGAUGGGGGGUAAUCUACGUGUAAUGUCUCCAGGGGUGAGAGCGGGCAAGCAGAUGGGUGGAGUCCAGUCACAGCCUCCCCAGAGUCUCCCAGCUAGUAACAACCUGGCAUCAAUGUCUGGACGGUCCUCUACCGAUAGUCUUGUUACAUCCUUGACCUCGCUUUCAUCUCCAUCUUCCAUGUCAUAUACUACUAUGAGUAUGCAGGAUUCUCUUGCCUCCCUGACCGCCCAGGACAGAAAGAUCAAGUUGGAGGGUACGAUGGAUGUGAGCACGCAGCCCCAGACCCUGUCUGAAGUCCUGUCCUCCCCCCACCCCGCCUCCUCCGAGCAGGGACCAACCAUGUCAACCACAUCUGUGGUCACAUCACUGUCUGGCUCAGGGGCCAUAACUAGCAUUGCAUCAAAGGGGAAGGAUAUCAAGACUGAAAUUAAGACCGAGAUUAAAAGUGAGGUGAAGCAGGAGCCUGGCUCAGUGCACAUCAAGGAAGAAAUGUCCAGUGUGGACUCCGGGUCAGUGACCACACCCAAGGCAGAGCCCAUGGACACCGGUGAGGAUGCAAAACCCAGCCCGACGAGUAAUGCCACGUCAUCUACGCCUGUACAGUCCCCUGCCCCUGCCAAACCUCGGUCAAAGAAAAUAUUCAAGCCAGAUGAGCUACGUCAAGCCCUUAUGCCCACAUUGGAGAAACUGUACAGGCAGGACCCAGAGUCUCUGCCCUUCAGACUACCUGUUGACCCUGUUGCUCUACAGAUACCGGACUACUAUGACAUUGUUCGUAAACCGAUGGACCUGUCGACUAUCAAGAAAAAACUGGACACUGGUCAGUACAAGGAUCCCUGGGAAUAUGUGGAUGACGUCUGGCUCAUGUUUGACAAUGCCUGGGUCUACAACAAAAAGUCCUCCCGAGUUUAUAAGUACUGCACUAAGUUGUCAGAGGUGUUUGAAGCUGAAAUCAGCAGCGUGAUGCAGUCGCUGGGUUACUGUUGCGGUAUCAAGCAGUCCUUCAGUCCGCAGGUGCUCUGUUGUUUUGGCAAACAGCUGUGUACCAUAUCACGCGAGGCCAUCUACUACUCAUUUCAAAACCGAACGAAUACGAGUGCCCUUCUCUCUGAUAGAUACACAUACUGUGAGAAGUGCUUCCUCGACGUACAGGGUGAUGAGAUUGAGCUAAUGGAUGACCCCUCGCAACCCUCUGUGAAAGUUCCUAAAAGUCAGUUUGAGAAGAUGAAGAAUGAUGUGCUAGAAAUGGAACCGUUUGUUGAUUGUGAUGAGUGUGGAAGAAAACUCCAUAAAAUUUGUGUGCUACAUUUUGAACCUAUUUGGAAUAAUGGGUUCACUUGUGAAAACUGUUUAAAAACUAAAGGGGCAAAACGAAAAGAGAACAAAUAUACAGCUAAACGUUUACCUGGUUCCAAGCUGGGCAAUUACUUGGAGAAUCGUAUCAACACUUUCUUGAAAAAGAAAGAUGCGGGUGCUGGUGAAGUAUUCAUUAAAGUGCUAUCUAGUUCAGAGAAAAAGGUUGAAGUACGGCCGGGGAUGAAAGCAAAGUUUAACCAGGAGUUCCCUGGUGAUUUCCCAUACAAGGCCAAGUCUAUGUUCGUGUUUGAAGAAAUUGAUGGAGUGGAUGUCUGCUUCUUUGGCAUGCAUGUGCAGGAGUAUGGCUCAAAUGCUAAAUUCCCAAACACCAGGCGCUGUUACAUCUCAUACCUGGACAGUGUACACUUUUUCCAGCCCAGGCAGCUGCGUACCGCUGUGUACCACGAAAUCCUCAUCGGCUACCUGGAGUACGCCAAGUCCCUGGGCUUUGUUUGGGCGCACAUCUGGGCUUGCCCUCCCAGUGAGGGUGACGAUUACAUCUUCCAUUGUCACCCACCUGAGCAGAAAAUUCCCAAACCCAAACGGCUGCAGGAGUGGUACAAGAAAAUGCUGGACAAAGCCCUAAUUGAAAGGAUAGUCAUUGAUUAUAAGGAUAUUUACAAGGACUCCAUAGAAAACAAUGUCAGCAAGGUAACAGACCUGCCAUACUUUGAGGGUGACUUCUGGCCAAACGUUCUGGAGGAUGUCAUCAAGGAGCAGGAAUCUGAGGAGGAAGAGAAGAGGAAACGAGAAGAGGCCGAGGCUGCAGCUGCCGAAGCAGAUGGGUCUGCGGGUGCUGAGGAAUGCGAGGACUCUUCAGUUGUGGACUCUGGUGGCAAGAAGAAGGGCAAAAGCCAGAAAAAGAAGAGCAAGAAUAACAAAAAUAGCCAAAGAAAGUCAAAUUGCAAGAAACUCAACCUGCCGCUUGGUGGAAAUGAUCUCACUCAAAAACUAUACUCUACCAUGGAGAAACAUAAAGAGGUGUUCUUUGUGAUUCGACUGCAAACCCAGCAGGCAGCUUUGAACCUGCCAGAAAUCGUAGACCCUGAUCCGCACAUGAGCUGUGAGCUGAUGGAUGGGAGAGACAAUCUCCUUACCUUGGCACGCGACAAGCACUAUGAGUUCUCGUCUCUACGUCGGGCAAAGUUCUCCUCCAUCGCACUGCUGUACGAGCUGCACAAUCAGGGCAAGGAGAGCUUCGUAUACACGUGCAACACGUGCGAAGCUCAAGUUGAGACACGUUGGCACUGCUCUGUCUGCACGGACUUUGACUUGUGUAACACAUGUUACCAAAAAGAUGGCCAUAACCAUAAAAUGGAUCGUCUUGGCUUCGAUCUGGACGAUGGGUCAUCAGGCAAUGGCAAGCAAGAUCCUCAGGAAAACCGCCGUCAGUCCAUACAGCGGUGUAUUCAGUCACUGGUGCACGCCUGCGGGUGCAGGGAUGCUAACUGCAGACUUCCUAGCUGUCACAAAAUGAAACGAGUUGUGGCGCACACGAAAGUGUGUCGCAAAAAGACAAACUCUGGAUGUCCAAUCUGUAAACAGUUGAUCGCAUUGUGUUGCUACCAUGCAAAACAUUGUAACGAACAAAAGUGUCAAGUGCCAUUCUGUUUUCAAAUCAAGCACAAGUUGCGUCAGCAGGAAUUACAAUCAAGACUUCAGCAGGCACAGCUAAUGCGGCGGCGCAUGGCCUCAAUGCAGAGGAACUCCCAGCCAGCUCCAGCAGCAAUUGCCUCGAGCGCACCCCUGUCCAACCCUCCAUCUGUGGGUGGAGGCAAGGGAGCUGGGGGACCCCCUCCAGCAGCCAUGCAGGCUGCCCGGCAAGCCCAGGAGGCUGCGCAGAGGCAGGCAGGCAGUCUGGGUAAGGGUAAACCCAUGGCUAGCAACAUGCCUCCCCCUCAGGCUGCAGCUACUGGGGGGAAACCACAGGUUCAGGCCACCAUGGCUCCGCAAUGGACCCAGCCCACCCAGCAGGUUCCCCAACAACAGCCUCAGACCAUGCCUCAGUCAACAAUGCAGCAAACCUUCCAGAGCCAGCCGAUCAUGGGCCAACAAAUGAGGACCAUGCCACAGAGAAUGCCUGUACCAAAUCCUGGAAUGGUUAAUAUGAACGAGGGUGUCCCAGGCAUGAAUCCCGGUAUGAACACUAACAGGCCCCCACAAAUGCUUCAACGGCCCCAGGGUCCUGGAGCCCCAAACGAGGCCCUGGAACAGCUUCUUAGGACGUUGAAGUCUCCUACAUCGCCCCAGCAACAGCAGCAGGUGAUCCAAAUCCUCAAGUCAUACCCCCAGUUGAUGGCAGCUUUCAUCAAGCAGAGGAAUCCCCCUGGCCAACAGCCUGGCGUUAUGCCUCCUGGCCAGAUGCAGCCACGACCAAACAAUCCCCAGAUGCAGGGCAUGGCAAACAUGCAACAAAACCCAAACAUGACUUCUGAGAUGAUCUGGCAGCAGCAGCAGCGAAUGCGGCAGCAGCAGAUUGGUCAGCAGCAGGGUCAACAGAUGGGUCAACCUCAGCAGCAACAAAUGGGCCACUUCAACCAGCCAGCUCCUUUUAACUCACAACGAACGCCAAUGGGACAGUACGGUCAGCAGCAACAGCAGCGUUUCCAGGGUGACUCGAUGCCAUAUCAGAACCAGAACCACCAGAUGAUGCAUCAAGUACAACAACACCAGGCGCACCUGAAGCAACAAAUGGCCGGCGGGCAGCCUGUCAGUCCGCAGAUGCUCUCACAGCAGAGUGUGAACUCGAACAUCAUGCAACAAGUGCGCUCGCCACCCUCAUCCUCGUUACAUCAGACUGUCCGUUCACCACAGCCCACCCCGUCACAGAGACAACAGCUCAAUCCGUCUCCAAGGCAACCGCAAAGUUCACCUCAUCAUAUACCUCCGAAUCAGUCACCGCAUCCAGGCAUGCCAGACUAUAAUCAAAUGAACGAUUCAGUGAUGCUAUCCCAGUUACAACAAUCUCAUAACUCUGUGCCUCAAGUGCAGAACCCUGCCCUAGAUCUUGGCCAUAGUUUACAACAGGACAAUGAAGUGAAUCAAUUAACAGCCCAAGAUCAGUUGUCGCGGUUUGUCGAGACAUUGUAGCAGGACUCGUUCGAUGGUUGACAUCACUCAUUCAUUUCAGAGUUCUAGUAACUCCUAGUGUCCAUUGAUAUCAUUUUGUGUGCUUUAUGGAAUCUAUUAAUUUAAGACUGGUAGAAGUUCCCCCUGUUCCUGUAUGUAAUAUAUUGAAUUAGAGAUUGUUUCCUAUUUGUUUUCUGUGUUUUUUGUGUUCUUAAAUAUGAACAAAGUGUCAAACUGUGAGUUUGUGUGUAAAAACGUGGUGUUAAAGAAACAUUUGAAAAAUUAUUUUAUUUACAAUAGACAUUGUACAAAUACCAUUUCUUCAAGUUCAUCAUAUAAAUAUUCAUGUCUCAUUCAUUGAAUUCAAUACUUAUUACUAUUGUGUUUUGUUUUGUUAAUAAUUUCCAGAAAGUCAUUUGUUAUCAUAUAGAUGUACAACUUCUGCCCUUUGCAGGUAGAUGGCGUAUUGUUAUCUGUGUAGUUUGUCAAUGUGUGUGUGCCCUUCUCGGUAACAUUGAAUGAAUGAAACUUGUUGUCAUUACUUUUAUAGCUGUCUUUUUCUACUAGCACUUUGUACAUUGAUACAUACUAAGUUAUAUUAUUAAAUUUUAUAGUGUACAUGCUGUUUGCAUUGAUAUGCAAUUCCAGGUUAAUUUGUAUAAAAAAAAUGUUCUUAAAAUAAAAAAAUAUUUGCUCUAAUAAUUUGUUGCAAGAUGGAAUAAAUAAGAAAGAUUAAUGAGGGUGUAAAAGGAUUUUUGUGUACGAAAAUAUGAUUUAAUAUACAUGUAAGACAUGAAAGCCGGAUUCUUUAAAUGCAAGUCUGUGAUUGGUUAAAAUGCCUGUGUAAAUAGCUGAUUGGUUCAAAUCUGACAUGUGACCACCACUGUGAUUUAAUUAGUAAAAACGGCAACCAACCAAAUGGUUUCUUAUAUUUGUUGAUCUUCAGUUUUCUAUUCAAAUUUAGUUUCAUUUUGACUGUAUGUUUUUAUACUGUUGACAUUACAAUAUUAUUUAGGCUUGCAGGAGAAAGUCCAAAUUGAGAGGCAAUGAUUUUGAUUAUUUUAUUGCUGGAAGUUACAUAGAAAUAGGUUAAUUAUAAAGUUUAAGAGCAUGUAAUUACUAAAUAGUCAUUCCGUUAACUAAAGGAUUAAUGAUCAAUAAAAAUAAGUUUAUAAGAGAAAUAUAAUGUCUUGAGCUGCAUAAUAAUUUGCCACUUAUUAUAGACGGUGACUUUAAACGAUACUUACAGAAUGUUUCAUAAAGAUGGCAGGAUCAAACCUUCAAAUUUAUCUAGAGAUAUUUUGAAAUGUGCAAUACCUUGUCCAAUCACAAGGGAGACAAUUAAUUUCUCAUUUAGUUAGAUUGAGUAACCUACGUUCAUGUUUCUUUGAUUGAAACAUUCAGUUAUCCCCAAGUUGAACUUGGAUAGUUUUGGUGACUUUGUUGAGUUUUAGAAAGUUUAAGUGUUGCCGUAUGUUGACAUUUUUGUUGCAUUUUGUGUACAAAAAAAUGGUAAUUUCAAUUCAGAUUUUCAUAUUUUCCUGCCAUCAGAUGAUUGAUAUGUGUGUGUGUAAAGUUGACUGGUUGCAUCUAUUUCUGAUUAUUUAUUUUUCCAACAUUUUUACCCGAUUCCAAGAAAUAGGAAUAACCAGUCAUCUUGUAACCAAAGUGGGUCUUUCCGGACCUGAGCUAUGUGUCAUGUCGUGGAAUUAAACAUGUGUCACAGUGCUGAUUUCGCUGCAAAUAAUGUAAAAAUAAACAUUACAUAUUAUUACCACAUCAUUUGUUUUAUUGUUUUGCUCAAUUGAUGCCGAUUGAAUGCUAGUUUAUGUACAGUAUCUGUAUAAAAAUACACUUGAAACAAUC